UAUGCACCCUUCCUCCCAGAGAAUCACUCACCGGGCCCGACACCUCUACUGCUGGCCAUCUGAGCUCACUGAGGCUGAACAGCAGAAGGCCACAUACAUGGACUCUCGCCAGGUGCUGCUGGUUGCCAUGUACCUGCUGGGAACAUUGGCUGCUUUCUGCCAUGGACAGUCCUGGAGGAAUGACCCAGAUCACCAGGUGACACUAAGUGGCUCCAACUCCAAGUGUCAAGGUCAACUGUCGGUCCAGCAAGCAGACCUGAGGUAUACCGUGUGCAGUUCCAGCUGGGAGUGGAGCCAGGACCGCUGGAGAAAACCCCAUGAGGCCUCUGUAGUGUGCAAGCAGCUGGGAUGUGGUGAUCCCUUGGCCCUCGGCAGUUUCUUUUUCUCGAGCACACCCCAGAAACAGGUCAUCUGCCACGGACCCCUGUUGUCUUUCUCCAACUGCAGCAAAAAUCCACCAGCCAGGUGUCUUCCCCUGAGCCUGAUCUGCCAAGAGCCCCAGAAGACAACACCUCCACCCACAACCACCCCACCCACCACCAUGCCGGAGCCCACAGCUCCUCCCAGAUUGCAGCUGGUGCCAGGUCACGAGGACCUGAGGUGCGCAGGUGUGGUGGAAUUCUACAAUGGCAGCCGGGGUGGCUCCAUCCUCUACAAAGCCAAGGACAGUCCCCUGGGCCUGGGGAACCUCAUCUGUAAUGCUCUACAGUGUGGAUCUUUCUUGACAUAUCUGUCGGGGCCGGAGGCAGCAGGAACAGCAGCUCCUGGAGAACUGAGCAAACUCAGGCCCUUGCCAAUUCGAUGGGAGGCCCAAAACGCGAGCUGUACCUCACUGCAGAAGUGCUUCCAGAAAACGAAGCCCCAGGAGGGUGGUCAGGCACUCUCAGUCAUCUGCUCCGAUUUCCAGCCCAAGGUUCAGAGCCGCCUGGUGGGUGGCAGCAGUGUGUGUGAGGGCAUUGCUGAGGUGCGCCAAGGAUCACAGUGGGCCGCCCUGUGUGCCGGUUCUGCAGCCAGGGGUCGGGCUUGGUGGGAAGAGCUAUGUCGGGAGCAGCAGUGUGGCGGCCUCACCUCCUUCCAUGUUCUGGACGCUGACAGGAACUCCGCUGGGCAAUUCUGUGCCCAGGAGAGGCUAUCUCACUGUUACCAGCUUCAGAAAAAAAACGCCUGCAAGAGGGUGUUCGUCACAUGCCAAGAUCCAAACCCAAAAGGCAUGGCUCCAGGCACUGUGGCAAGCAUCAUCCUGUCUCUUGUACUCCUGCUGGUGCUGCUGGUCAUUUGUGGGCCUCUGGUCUACAAGAAGCUGGUGAAGAAGUUCCGGCAGAAGAAGCAACAUCAGUGGAUUGGUCCCACGGGAGUGAACCAGAGCAUGUCUUUCCAUCGAAGCCACACAGCAACUGUACGGUCCCAGGUCGAGAACCCAACAUCCCUUCACGUGGAUAAUGACUAUAGCCAACCUCCCAGGAACUCCCACCUGUCUGCUUAUCCAGCGCUGGAAGGGGCCCUGCACCGCUCUUCCACCCAGCCUGACAAUUCCUCUGACAGUGACUAUGACCUGCAAGUGGCUCAGAGACUGUAAGAGAACUUGGGACCAUCCUCUCCGUCCUGAGGAAGCAUUCGCCACUUGGAGAGCUGCCCAUUUCCAUCUCGGCCAGAACUUGGGCAGAUGCCAAGGUCCUUUGGAAACGAUCCUGGGCCCUGCAGUGGCAGGCCAGCUCCUAUGCCCCCUAAGCCAUAACAGCCUGGCUGCUUCCUCCAAAAGCCAACACUCAAAAGACAGAGCCUACAAGCAACCAACCCUUGCAAGCAGAGACUCCAUCUCUGAGGCGCCCCCAUCCUUGAGGAGCAGUGACCAGCGGGGUUGGCUUUCUCCUUGGACUCUUGACGCCAUGAGAGAAUGAUGAGGCAGUGCACAUCUGCAUGGGAGCUUCUUUCUCGAGUGUAUUUUUUAAUAUAUUCCUUGUAAAUAAUGUUUUUUUUUCUACUUCCGGAGAA